AUGUCUGAAGCGAGGGCAUUGCUCCUGAGCCUGGUGUCCUGCUUGUUUUUGUGGGAGAAUGGAAUCACUGCACCCACCUGUGUCAAGGAUAAUGAUGAUGACACAGCUUUGUACUUAGAAAAACUGUAUUCACUUACCUCUUUUAUGACAGACGUCCUAGCUACUCAAGUUCAAAACCUGCACGCUGAAUUUCCAGAAGAACUACUGAAAUUGGUAUACAGUCUACUGGGUUCCAAUAACAACACUCUGCAUCAUCUUGUGAAUGAAAUGUCUCUCUUGCAAGGCAACACUUCUGCUCUUCUCUUCAAAGCCAGACAGAUUAAGGCAAAAAUUGAAGACCUCAUGGAGGGUGUUAAAAUAAUACUUACCCUGGUGGAAGAGAAAGAAAAUAUCAUCUAUGUUCCUUCGUCUGGACUGGCAUCUUUACAGUCGAACAGUGAAGAUGUUCACUAUUUUGCAUUUUAUAAUCUGAUCCGCUGCCUUCUCAGAGAUGCCCAAAAAAUAACUAUUUUCCUUGAGGUCAUCAAUCACAAAAUGGCUGCUCGGAACACCUGCUAA